ACUGGGGACUUUACAAACCACCUCACUGAUGUAAAUAAAAUACGUAGAAUAUGCUCCUGUUUUGACUCGCUGUGGUGUGAAAAUCCUGAGGAUUUUUAUCUCCUGAACUUCCGGUCAGGUCUCCCCUCGGUGUUUUUGGUCUCGUGGUGUUUGUAGUGUCGGAUCCUUUGAUGUGAUGUCGGGCCUGUCGCGCGGGUUUGUAGGUGAAGUCACUCCCUGAAAAUGUAGCUCAGAACGGACAGAGCUCUCUCUGAAGGUGCUAGUGUGUGGACGAUGCCUGAGCGAUGUCUGAUGUUGAGUCCACGUACGCAGACUUCAUCGCCUCUGGCAGGACGGGACGCAGGAACGCUAUGCACGACAUCCUGCAGAGUCCCACUGACCCCGAAGGAAGAGAGCUGCCCCUCACCCUCUCUCUGUCCCAGCUGCAUAUCAACGCAGGAGGAGGAGAUGGGGAUGAAGCAGAGGACAGCCAGAGUUCCUCCUCCUCCAUCCAGAGGGAGGCCGAGCAGAGGAAUAGCUAGUGUGCCAUGGACUGUUGCCAGCGGACAGAGAGUUACAGGAGGUUUUCAAGCUGCCAUCAUCCGAAGUGGGCUGGUCGUUGGAGGGUAGAACCACAGCUACUGACAUGCCUACGAGCAUGGCAUUGACCCUCAAAACCCAGGAAGAGGUGCUCAGCUAACUUUUGGCAGCAAAACACAGAGGGCGCUCUCAUCUUCCCAUGACUCUGCUGUGCACUAGAAAAACAGACUGAUGGCAGAGGUGUCUUUCACUGUUGGAUAAGGCAAAGAGUCACAAAUGUAGCUCUUACUUUCAGUCUUAGUUGGAUGACUGGAUAAAGAAACAGAGAUGUUGUGUGAGUUUUGUAGAUGUGGAGGCGAUAAUUAAGACCACUGAGACGUGCUGAUGUGAUGGCUCGCAGCGAGAGUAGCAUGGUUAGUAGUGAUGCUGGUAGAGAUUACAUUGCCAGAUAUUGGUAUGUGCUUCCUUUUAAUUGACAAUACUGCUUAGAGAACUGCACUGCAGCUGUAGUAGGGAGUAAAAAUGUGCAACAACACUGAAUAGAAACACUAAUUUACACAAGGAAGGCUGUCUUCACUGAUUCUGUUGUGUCUGGAGGACAAAACCAAGUCAUAAGCGUGUGAAACUGCAGUGAAACGAAUUGGUAGUGUGAGUUUUAACUAAUAAUACAUAACCAGUGAGCAUGUGAAUAUUUAAACUAAUAAAAGAUGGUGACGUGCUGUCUUUUAAAAUGGUUAUACUUUAGUUUUUUACUUUUCUAAUAAUUGAACUAUAAUCACUACUUUAAAAAGGUGGACAUUUUGGAGAAUAUGCUUUUAUUGCUGAGAGCUAAGAGGAGCAUAGGUUAUCUUACGAUAUCAAAUAUAAAAAGCGAGAAAGAGAAGAUCUUUUCAAGCAGUGCAGACUCUAGAGAUUUUUUUUUUGGUGGCAAUUUUAAACUGGCCAAGACUAUGUGGUCCACACAUGUGAUCUGAUUCCAUUCACCAACAACCAGAGUCCUGACCAUCAAAGCUGGAAAUCUCUCACGGUCAAACCAGAUUUUAAAAUAGGCCUGUCAAGAUGAAUUGCAUUAAUCACAGUUGAUUAAGGUUCAUAAUUAGUACAUCACAUUUUUAAUGGUGAUCAAUAAAGUGCUUUAUUGUCCCUUUUAGCACAUGUUGGUUGAGCCACUUGACUUCCUGCAGCCACACUGAUGUUAAUAAAGUGCCUAUAAGAAGUAUUCACCCCCUUGGAUGUUUUACCAAUUUAUUGAUUUUAUAAAUUUGUCAAUUUAAUUGUCUUUUUUGACAACAGAAAAUCACAAAAAUGUCAUA